UUCCCAGCCUUCUCUCUUUCUCCCUCUCCCUCCCUGUGCAUUUGUUUUAACCAAUUCAUUCGUUCGAGUUAUGUAACGAAGAUGGCGGCGGGAUAGUAGGAGCGGCGACGGCUGCGAGGUGGAGGUGGAGGAGAAACAGCGGGAAGGCGGCGGAGAUCGCUGGCGAGGGAGAGAGAGAGAGAGAGAGAGAGCGCGCGCCGCGGCGGCGGUUGGGGGCUCGAGCAAACGAGCCGUUGGUGGACGAACGCACAGCGCGAGCGAGCGAGCGAGGGAGAGGAGAGGGAGACGGCGGGAGCGAGCGAGCGUGUGCGCGUGCUCUCCUGUGUGUGAGUGUGAGAGGGAGAGAGUGAGUGAGUGAGUGGGGGGCCGAGGCCGAGCCGAACUGAGGCAGUCGGGCGGCGGCCGGGCUGGGCUGCGGGGCCCCGGCUGAAGGCGAACGACGGAGGAGGAGGAGGAGGAGGGGAAGAAGGCACGAACGGAGACCGGCUCACACCGUUCUGGAAAGAGGAGGCACGGACGGCGACUGCGUCGGGAAGAGGAGAAAUAAACAAAUAAACGCAGUAGGCUUGCACCCCUCCCCACCUUUCCGAGGGAGCGAGAGACGAACCGGGAGAGAGAGAGAGAGACGGCGGAUGCGGGAUCGCUGGAAUUCACCCUCCCUGGCUAUGAAUGCAUCAUUAUGUUGCAGGACUGUGUUGCAAUAACCCAUUGAAGGAAUCGUAUGAUAUUGUCCAAACCAUAACAGCAAAGUUUAAGUGAUUUUAUGUCCUGGUCCAAAAUUGUGUUAACCAUCGUGAAAUUGCCAUUUUAACACUGUCAACAAUAUCUUUUAUGGAUCCUAUAAAGUAAUCCUGAAAGCAUUACCAUGGAUAUCUGGUUUCUGCUUUUGCUGCUAUUUUGCAGUUGGCCUACUUGCCUUCAAGCACACAACGCAACAGUUUCUCCUUCUGCCACCACCAUCACCACCUCAAGCUUAAUAAAUUCAACUUUGCAAGUAGAAAAUUCAACAGCUCCCAACCCAGGAUCAGCAUCUAUGACUGGAGAUGAUUCACAAAUGUUUAAUACAUCUGAUGCCACCAGAGAAAAUUCUACUAUAGCUACAACUGAAGUAACAAAUAAACCAUUGCAGGAAGUGACUGCAAACAUUACAAAUUCUAAUGCUACAGCCAAUCCAUCCAUAACAACAAAUGGAAAGUCAAAUGAAUCGUCAGCUGAAACAACUGCAGUCCCCACAUCAGGUGGAACAUCAGCUGGUCCAGGGGAAUCUGAUCAAGGGGGCGGAAAAGAUGAAAUGCCCAUUAUAGCUGUAAUGGUGGCCCUCUCAUCAUUGUUGGUCAUCGUAUUUAUUAUUAUAGUCCUUUAUAUGCUGAGGUUUAAAAAAUAUAAGCAGGCUGGAAGUCAUUCAAAUUCCUUCAGGCUGUCCAAUGGGAGAACAGAUGAUACAGAGCUUCAGAGUAUGCCGUUGCUUGCAAGAUCUCCAAGCACCAACCGAAAGUAUCCACCUUUAUCGAUUGAGAAAUUGGAAGAAGAAGCUAAUCGACGGAUGGCAGAUGACAACAAGCUUUUCAGAGAAGAAUUUAAUGCACUCCCGGCAUGUCCAAUUCAGGCCACUUGUGAAGCUGCAUCAAAGGAAGAAAAUAAAGAGAAAAAUCGAUAUGUUAACAUCCUUCCAUAUGAUCAUUCAAGACUUCACCUAUUAGCUGUAGAGGGGGUUCCAGAUUCUGAUUUCAUCAAUGCUUCAUUCAUAAAUGGGUAUCAAGAAAAGAACAAGUUUAUAGCAGCACAAGGGCCUAAAGAAGAAACUGUGAAUGACUUCUGGAGGAUGAUAUGGGAGCAAAACACGGCAACAAUUGUCAUGGUCACAAACUUAAAAGAGAGGAAAGAGUGCAAAUGUGCCCAGUACUGGCCAGACCAAGGUUGUUGGACUUAUGGGAACAUUCGAGUUUCUGUGGAAGACAUGAUGGUGUUGGUGGAUUACACCAUUCGCAAGUUCUGUAUUCAGCAAGUAGGAGAUUUAAUGAAUAAGAAACCCCAGAGGCUGGUUACUCAGUUCCAUUUUACAAGUUGGCCUGAUUUUGGAGUUCCAUUUACUCCAAUUGGCAUGUUGAAAUUUCUAAAGAAAGUCAAAACCUGUAAUCCAUCCUUUGCAGGUGCAAUUGUUGUGCAUUGCAGUGCUGGUGUUGGUCGCACAGGCACUUUCAUUGUUAUUGAUGCCAUGCUGGAUAUGAUGCAUGCAGAAAGGAAGGUGGACGUUUUUGGAUUUGUGUCACGGAUUCGAGCUCAAAGGUGUCAAAUGGUUCAGACGGAUAUGCAGUACGUAUUUAUAUAUCAAGCACUAUUGGAGCAUUAUUUAUAUGGGGACACAGAACUGGAAGUGACUUCACUCGAAAGCCACUUGCAAAAGCUUUACAACAAAGUAUCUGGAUCAGGCUGCAAUGGUCUGGAGGAAGAAUUCAAGAAGUUGACGUCAAUCAAAAUUCAGAAUGAUAAGAUGAGGACGGGAAAUUUGCCAGCCAACAUGAAGAAAAACAGAGUUCUUCAGAUCAUCCCAUAUGAGUUUAAUCGAGUUAUCAUUCCUGUGAAGAGAGGCGAAGAGAACACAGAUUAUGUAAAUGCAUCAUUUAUUGAUGGAUAUCGACAGAAAGAUUCAUACAUAGCCAGCCAGGGACCUCUUCAGCAUACAUUAGAAGAUUUCUGGAGAAUGAUUUGGGAAUGGAAGUCUUGUUCCAUUGUAAUGUUAACAGAAUUGGAAGAAAGAGGCCAGGAAAAAUGUGCACAGUAUUGGCCAUCAGAAGGAUCAGUCUCCUAUGGUGAUACUUCUAUUGAAAUAAAGAAGGAAGAGGAAAGUGAAAGUUACACAGUGCGUGAACUACUGGUAACUAACACACGGGAAAACAAAAUUCGCCAGAUCAGGCAGUUUCACUUCCAUGGUUGGCCUGAGGUGGGUAUUCCUGCUGAUGGUAAAGGAAUGAUCAACCUGAUCGCAGCAGUGCAAAAGCAACAGCAACAGUCAGGAAAUCAUCCAAUCACCGUGCAUUGCAGUGCUGGAGCUGGAAGAACAGGAACUUUCUGCGCCUUGAGUACUGUUUUGGAAAGAGUGAAGGCUGAAGGUAUCCUGGAUGUAUUUCAGACAGUAAAGAGUCUACGGUUACAGAGACCACACAUGGUGCAGACACUGGAACAGUAUGAAUUCUGCUACAAGGUUGUGCAAGAGUACAUUGAUGCAUUUUCAGAUUAUGCCAACUUCAAGUGAAAAAUGGCCUUCGUAAUUUUUGUAAUAUUCUAUUUGUUAAUAUACCAAAACCAGUGUACAUAUCUUAUUGGUUUUAGAGGUUGGUACAAUAAGGCUUUCAUAUUAGCUUGAGAUUUUUUUAAUGUAGCAAACAGCAUAUUAGUCUCAUUUAAGCAAUUUUAUUGAGUAACGUGGCCUGAUGUUUGGAUUAAUGUUGAUUAAAUUUAUUUAGUAGCUGCUUCAAAGGGUAUUCAUUGAAUUCAAAGGUGGUGGACUGGAUUUUUUUUAAAGUCGCCAUUACAAAAUCGGUGGUGUUGAUCAGUUGCUGCCCUUGAAUCCAAUUUGCUGUUGCCAGUGCUUUCUGUUAUCUCAGCUAUAAGUAAUCAAGUUUGGAAUAGCCUUCUGUCAUUAACUGAUCAGUGCCAUUUAGAUGUAAUGCCAUUCACUUGGAACAUUCUCCUUCUCAGGCAUUUAACAACUUAGUAAUUGUACACUUUAUAACUGUACACUUUAUAUUUUCAAUCUCAUACCAUUUUAUUUAUCUGAUUUGAGGUAGAAACAGUACUUUAUUGAGUUGUGUAGAUAGCCAAAGCGUGUUCACAAACGCUUAAUGCGCUACUAUAUAGUAAAAAUGCUGACCUGUAAAGGGAAUACAAUAAGAAAAUACUGCUUUUAAAAAAAGCUUUUUUUUGGUGUGGAGCCUACACUGGCUGAACUGAAAAGUACUGGAUAUCCUACCUGUAUUAUUUUUCCACAUAUCCCAAAAUCUGUGUAAUGUCCAGGUUUAGUUAUAAGUAACCAUGGUCUUGUACAAUGAACACAUCUCUCAACUGUUUUUGCAUUAAAAAUACAUGGGACUUGUUAUAAAGUUCUGUACGAAUUUUUAAAAAAUGUAUGGGCUUUGAGAAAUAAAUUUGGAAAUAAAUUCUUGAUAGGACAAUAUAAAAGAAUAUUCUUUAGCCAAAGCCACUGUGUACUGUACAUAUGAGCUGUAACUUGAAGCGUAUUGGAUUAUUUGUUAUAUAUGUUUUUUAAAUCUACUUGUUUGAGCUUCUGUCUUAAGAAGUGAAAAGUAACUGAAAUACUCUGUUGGAUGUUUCAAACAUGUGAAAGAUUUGUCUGGGAUUUACCAUCAUCCUUGAGUCACUGCUGCCCCAUUUCCUAGUUUUAUUUUCCCAGUUAACAUUCACCUUUGUGCAUAAAGGUGAUCUGAAUUCUAGUAAGUUGCACAAGAGGGCGGUGGGAUAGAGAGGAAGAAGAGUUCAGUGAUUCACAUUAUCAUUUGUGUCUAAUCUGGACCAAAAAUAAUCAGAUUAUGGUUUUAAAAAAAUCUCGAUUUAGUUUUAAAAUUAAUAAUUGUUUUAAAAAGAAUAGUUGAUAAAUGUCUUUAGUUAGUUAUUCGCUCCUAACAAUUAUAUUUUUUCUUAAACUGUACAAAUAACUGCAAUUUCUUAACCUGUAUUUAUUUUUUUAUGAUGAGGAGAAAAUUUGGUGGAAUUUUUUUUUAAUUUUAUCUUUUAGUAGUUUAGGAGCACUUGUUAGAUAAUCCAAGAUUGGGUCAUUGAUUGGAUAAAAUAACUUGCAAUAUGACCUGUAUACCAUACAGUGCACAGUCCCAUUAAGUUAUUGAGAUUUUGGUCAUAUCACAUUUGGGAAACAUGACACGGCUGUUUAUCAAGUUCACUAAUAGUGCAUUCAGUAGAUAGACUAUGACAAUUUAUUAUAUGUUAAAUGGAUUUAAUGUCAGCUGCCUAUUGUCAGUAAUUCUGAUAUCACUGAUUGCACUACUGGAAAUAGGUAUUGUCUGAAUCCCUGACUCUUGAAACUUCGGUAUUUUGGGACAAUGACAAAGCUAAAACUAUAAUCAGAAUAAAUGUGCUCAUUACCAAAAAAGUUCAUUUGUUUCUCUUUGUUAUGAAUAAAUUAAUAGACACAU